AGAGCGGGCAUCCAGACUGACAAACACACGCGACCCGCGCGCAAUCCGACGCCAGACAUGCUGUACGAAAUGAUCGGAGUGGUACGGCCUGGCCGCCUCUCCGAAGUCAAAGAAAUCGCCAAAACCGCUGGAAAAAUCGUCCUCGAUCAGCAAGGCGUUGUGCGCGGCGUCUCCAACUGGGGCACUUUUCUGCUCCCCAAGCCGGCCAAGAAGCUGCAAUCGACACAUCACUAUGGCCACCACUUCAUUAUGCGCUUCGAUGCCAGUGCCCGCGCUCAGCACGCCCUGCGCAGGACCAUGAGUCUAGAUCCGCGUCUUAUCAGAUACAGUGUAGUCAAGAUGGGCACCAAGUUCGAAGAGAUCAAGGAUGUACCGGGCACAGCCAAGUUUAGGUGAGGGGCAGCAAGUAGAAAGACGCAGGAUGUAUCAUACAACAGAGGAAAUAUGCAUUUCAAUAUGGCGUUUUGGGUGGCAUUCAUGAAGAAGAACUGGGCUUGCUAUCAAAGGUGGGGUUAUCAUAAUCGCUGUGGUACCCAUAUAUAACAAUUACUAUCUGAGACGAGCGAGCUACACAGCCUACAGGCUCUCAUCGCGAAUUCACAGCUUCCGU